UUCCGCGCGUUUCAACGUUCGAUUGCAACUCCCCUGUGGCCUGAUAAGACUGCUCAUCCUCAGCUUCACCCUCUUUCCUCGAACGCAGGUCAAUGACAGACUGUCAUGAUGCUGUCGCCUUCUCUCGCUGCUGUUCUGGCGAGCUCUCUCGGCCACGCUGUGCCGACAAACGUCAGCACGCUCAGCAUUCGUGACGAGUCAUCUAGGGUCCCAUCGGCUAUCAAAUCUCUGUGUUCUUCGAUGUUAAGCAGGCCUCAUCGCCGCAAGCGCUCUGUUUCGACGAGGCUGGCUGCUUUGAUUUCUAGGUCGUGGCCGUGCGCGAUGGCUAGGGUGACCACCACGAUGAGAUUCGAUGACGAUCUGGUAUGCAUCAGCCUGUGCAGAGGUGCACGCUCCUCAUCAGCGCCGCGGCCAAGGCCAGGCAAGGAAAGUGGCGGCUACAUCCCUAGUACCCUUGGAAAAGCCUCUUCGUCCUACACUGUGGAGGCGUGGCCUGCCCAAAGGCCCCGUCACAUCGUCGGAUCGCCGCUACAACAACUGCUGCAUCGCACACAUUCAAGCUACGUUCCGCUUCUCGACUACCAAAUGCGAGGGCUGGCGUGCGAGGCUCUGUAGUUCUGACAUGCGCUCUAGUCAAAAUGACCGAAAACUUUACGGCUCUGAUCAAGAUGGCAUGUGGCAACAUCCAUAAACUCACAGACGAGCUCUGUCAGUGCAACCUCCUCCCGGUCGCGCCGAUGAGCUGGUACUCCCCCGAUCCGCUCAAAGUGACGACACGACUUGGUGACCCGAAACAGUCCAGUGCACACAGCCAAGCUGCACGCUGGCAAGCACCGAUG